AAUUAGCUCGGUUUGGUUCAGGGUGGGAGCGACAGGCAAGGACUGGAACUGAAAGGACAAUCCGUGAAGUCGUGCUCAGGAAAAAUAAACAAACAACAAAGAAGAGACAAGGCAGAGAUCUUGUGGGAAAAUUUACAUCACGACACAGAGAGUUUACUGGAUGCUUAUUCACAAGAAGGGACACUGUCUUAGAUCCUUUAGUUGUUCUUGAUUCUGGACCAUUACUAUGCAUCUAUCCAUAUUACUUCUCUUCACCCUGUUCAGGGAAAUUAGUGCUCAGUUCCCCAGGCAAUGUGCUACAAUUGACACAUUGACAAGAGGGGAAUGUUGUCCAGACCUGUCUCCAGUGGUGAUUCCUGGUUCAGACAGUUGUGGAUCAUCUUCUGGAAGGGGUCAGUGCAUACAGGUGAUAGCAGAUUCAAGUCCCCAUGGACCCCAGUACAUGCAUGAUGGCCGAGAUGACCGUGAACAAUGGCCUCUACGCUUCUUCAACCGGACCUGUCAGUGCAACAGAAACUUCUCUGGAUACAACUGUGGGUCCUGUCGACCUGGCUGGCGAGGUCCUGCAUGUGAUCAGCAGAUCCAAAUAGUCAGAAGAAACCUUCUGGAUCUGAAUAACGAAGAAAGGAAUCAGUUUCUAAGAGCCAUGCAACAGGCCAAGAACACAGUGCAUCCAGACAUUGUGAUAGCCAGAAGGAGACGAGAGGAGAUCAUGGGCCCUGAUGGCAAUACACCACAAUUUGAAAAUGUGUCCAUUUAUAAUUAUUUUGUGUGGUCCCAUUAUUACUCUGUCAGAAAGACAUUCCUUGGACCAGGACAGCAGAGUUUUAGUGGAAUAGAUUUCUCCCAUGAAGGGCCAGCAUUUCUUACCUGGCACAGAUACCACCUACUACAGUUGGAGAGAGACAUUCAGGUGUCCACUCAGGGUUUCUCAGUGGAGCCAGUCUCAAGCCACCGAGUGUUCAGCAGUCAAGUAACAAUAAGUCAACUGGACAUGCUACAGGACCCUUCCUUUGCUCUUCCCUACUGGAACUUUGCGACAGGUAGAAACACCUGCGACAUUUGCACAGAUGACCUAAUGGGGGCUGGAAGCAACUUCGAUGACUCCCUUAUUAGCCCAAAUUCCAUCUUCUCUCAAUGGCAUGUUUUGUGUGAGGAGCUUGAAGACUACGAUACUUUGGGAACCAUUUGCAAUAGCACAGAAGGUGGCCCAAUUAGACGAAAUCCUGCUGGAAAUGUUGCCCGCCCAAUGGUGCAGCACCUGCCUGAGCCACAGGAUGUUGCUCUUUGCUUAGAAGUUGGAUUAUUCGAUACGCCUCCAUUCUAUUCAAAUUCUACAGACAGUUUUCGUAAUACAGUGGAAGGCUACAGCGAUCCUUCGGGGAGGUACGAUCCAGCUGUUCGCAGUCUUCACAAUCUGGCCCAUCUGUUUUUGAAUGGCACUGGAGGGCAAACCCAUUUGUCCCCAAAUGAUCCCAUCUUUGUCCUGCUGCACACAUUUACUGAUGCUCUCUUUGAUGAAUGGCUGAGGAGGCAUAAUCCUGAUAUCUCAAUAUAUCCACUAGAGAAUGCCCCCAUUGGACACAACAGACGGUACAACAUGGUGCCAUUCUGGCCCCCUGUGACCAACAAUGAGAUGUUUAUUACUGCACCAGAAAAUCUGGGAUACACUUAUGAAGUUCAGUGGCCAACUCGGGCCCUCCAAGUAACUGAAAUCAUAACUAUUGCAAUUGUAACUGCAUUGAUCCUGGUUGCAAUUAUAUUUGCUGUUGCCACAUGUAUAGUUCAUGCCAGGAGAAACAAGGAUGAACUUCACCAGCCUCUUCUCACUGAUCAGUACCAGAGCUAUUCAGAUGAUUAUGACAGCAUACCAACCCCAAGCCACUCCAUGGUCUGAAGAGGCAGCAGUCUGUCAGCACUCCGCAGCACCUGCUCUUUCUCAUCUGAUUUACAAUAAAGGACAUGAAGAGUGACAAAACCUUGCUAGAUUUCACCUCAUCAGGGAAAUCUCAAGUCAUUUGUGUCAGUAAUGUGUUUUCUUUGUUAGACUUGCUCAAAAUUUCCCCUGAGUUCACAUGCUUCACUCCUCAGCCACUUAUCCAUAGUAUGAAA